AGAAGCAGAGCGCGCAGCCUCACCAUGCGAGAGAAGAGGCUGACCACCGUGCCUCCCAGUAUCAGAGAAAAUGAGUUUGAAGAUUACCUAGCAACCGAUGACAUCCUUGUAGACUUCUUUAAUGAAUUCUUGAGCCUUCCAGCUUUUUCAGAACCAAUAAAAUUUAAUCCUAAUUACGGAGUUUUUGAAGUUGUUAAUGAUGAUCCUCAGCAUUUGGAAGAUCAGCUGAAAAAGAUGUUAAGAGAACAGAAACCACGGAAUCCCAUUUAUGAUGUUACAAGACCAAAGUCAGAUGCUCCAGUUUUUAAAGACACUUGCCCUCCCCCUCAAGACUUAAAUUUUGACCCAAAUUAUGUAGCUAAGUAUCUGAAUCGAGAGCAGGCCAUUAACUGGGUUAAAAAAGAAAGAUUUCCAGCGUUUCUAGAAAGUGAUUGUUACUUUGAAUACAGGUUAGCUAAACUUAUAUCGCAAGUGGAAUGGAGCAAAACUGGCAUCAAUUUUAUUAUAGAUAAAAAAUAUUAUCCUUGGUUCAAAAAAAGCCCACCACCAUCUGAGGGCCCUGAAGAAGACGAAGAUGACUUAAUUAUGAAAAAAUUCUACGUCUCUCUUGGUCAGGCUACCAUCACACAAACAAAGGACUGGUUUACGCUAGCCAGGCAAAGUCAACACUUGAUUACUACAGAUUCCAUUACUGAGCCUGUGUCAUCUUCCCACGUUCAUUUUGCUUCUGAGCUGCCAAAGUCUUUUUCGUAUCUAGAUUUCAGGUAUGUUCCAAAAGAACAUAGCCUUUCUUCUACAGUUCUUACUGGACGUCUUCAUACCAUUUAUGGUGGUCAUUUAGCACUUCUUCAAGCCAGGAACAGCAUCGAUGAAGGCAAUUCCGUGUCACUUCCGGAGACUCCUUCGCACACUGUGCUAAGAGCAUACCUGGGGCAGGAUUGGAGCACUGGUUCUCAGGAGGGAGACGAUGCAGAAUUGCAUAGUGGAGAAGAACUUGCUUUUCGGACAGUGUAUGACUUUACAUUAGCCUAUGUUCAUUAUAUACUGAGAAACUCUUUUGAGGUGGUCAGUGGAGAGCAGCCUGUUACCAGCUCAUUUGAUACAGAUUUCCAGAAUGUGACCAGAGUGUUUAUACAGGAGAUAGCAGACAGUCAACCUUGCAGGGAACCACCACUGGAGAAACCUCUGGAGAAGCCUGAGCUCGUCGGAAGUAAUUUAGAAGAUGAGGAAAGCAAAAUGAGCAUCAGUUUAAAAUCUGAGAAAGAUAACUCAGAAGCCAGGGCUUCCUGGUGCCUCAGUCACAAGACCUAUGAUAUUGGCAGCAGAAAUGAGUUCGAAAGGUUCAAAAGGUUCAUCAAAGGAUCGUUGGGAGAAAGGUAUUGGUGGCUCUGGAUAGACAUUGAAAGGCUGAAAGUUCUGAAGGAUCACAAGAGGCAGAAAAGACAGCUUGACCGAAUGAAAAAAAUCUACUUUGUGAGCAAUGGAGAUUAUUACCUUACCUCUGAGGUUUUGUUUAAACUAAAUCUGCUGGAUGGAGAUAACUGGCACAUGCAUCACUUAAGACAUAUCCAGUCUGAUGUAGUGAAACCCUUGCUUCUCUACUGGGGUCCCAGAUUUUGUGUCACUCAUACAGCUGCCAUAGAAGCUGCCAGCACUAAGCUAAAACUCUGGCAUUCUCGGCAACAGAAACCACGGCUGGAUGUAGAUCCUUUCCCACAGAUGGUCUCACUGCUGCCCCUGCGAGCUAAAUCGUGCAUGCCAAGGCUAUUCCAUCAACAGAGAGGGGAAACCAGCUCUCCAAAAUCUCUGUCAACAGCUGUUAUGCCUGAUACAUUUUAUCAUAGACCUACCAAGUUAUUAUCAGCAGUCUUGCCACGGAGUCAAAGUGCUGUCAGAGAGGAUCCUGACACAUGGGUCCGUUUCGCAGAUAUUAGCACAAAACGGCCAGCAACGGUGAGGAGCAGCAUGACACGUGUGACCACAGUUCCUGACAAAACUGAUUAUUUGAAGCCACAGUUAGAUAGAAAAUUCACCUAUGCAGAAAUGAUCCCAGGCAAAAUAUCUCCAGAUAUUUGUGAACUGGGGAGUUCUAAAAUGGAAAGAAUGCUACAAUGUCUUAACACAGAAAAUCGAGCUGGCUUUGUCUUCACUGAGUUCUGUGAAAAAUCUGGGAAUAAGAUCUGGAAGAACAGCACGUACUUUUGGUUUGACCUGCAAGAUUAUCAUCAGCUUUUCUACCAAGAAACCCUUCAUCCUUACAAAUUAUGCAAACAAGCUCAAUUCCUAUAUGCCACUUACAUUGCUCCUUCUGCAAGUAUGGAUAUUGGACUACAUCAGAUUAAGAAAGAUGAGAUUUACCAGAAAAUUGAGCCACCUUUUGAGGAUCUUUUUGAUCCAGCAGAAGAAUAUAUUCUCAGCCUUCUUUUGGUUCCAUGGAUGGAGAUGGUAGAACAAGACAGAAUUACAUAUGAAAAGGUGGAGCUGGUGGAAGAAACUCGACAGCUGGACUCAGUGUACUUUAGAAAGCUGCAGGCUUUGCAUGAAGAGAGCAUUUCCAAGAAGGAUGAGAUCCCUGCUGGAUCAGACCAGGCCCCGAUGCAUUUCGACUCUGCUAAAAGCACACCACUUCCAAGUGAAGCCCCUGAAGAAGUGCGGUCAUACACCCUUACUGAUUUGACAUGCAACAGCUUGGAUUUGGAACGGUUCCGGUUCUUCCUCAAACAUCACUCUGCAAGCACUGACCUCAUGUGCUGGAUUGAAAUUGAACAGUUCAGGCGGAUGCUCCACAAGGAUAAAAAACAAAGAGAAGAAAAAUCUAAGGAGAUUAAAAAUAAAUAUCUCAAUAAAACAUAUUUUUUUGGACCCAAUAGUCCAGCUACGAAAGAGGAGCAAGAACAGGUAAUGAAAUUAGGCGGUGGCUGGGGAAACAUACUUCAUGAGCAAGUUCCCCCUUUGAUCCUGCUAGAGAUUCAAAAGUAUAUCCGGAUGAGACUGGAGAAAAAGUGGUUGCCAUUAUUUCUGACAAGUGAAAAAUUUGGGCCACAGAAAAAAAUGAAGCCACACUUGCAAGAUGCUGCAGAAGAUAUUUUAAUUCAGAAACAUGAGAAGAAAAUAGAAGCAUGGAAGCAUGUGGACAAUAAGUGGGUUUCUUCAUCUAGGGAAGUAAUUAUUUUCCGCAAAGCCUUGUUGAAUCCUAUCACAGCCUUUCAGUUCAGACGCUUUGUGUCUCUGAAAGGAGAUUUACUGGAGAAUGGAGUGCUCUUCUGGCAGGAGGUGCAGAAAUAUAAGGACAUGUGCCAUUCCCACUGUGAUGACGCCACGAUCCAAAAUAAGAUCACAGCCAUCAUCAACUGCUUCAUUAAUUCCUCUAUUCCACCAGCUCUGCAGGUUGAUAUUCCUAAAGAACUAGCCCAGAAGAUUAUUGAGCAAAGGAGCGAGUUGGGUCCCUACGUGUUCAGAGAAGCACAGAUGACUAUUUUCGCUCUUCUGUUUAAAUUUUGGCCACAAUUUUGCGAGUUCCGAAGUAAUUUGACGGAUGAAGACAUUCUGGCUCUUCUGGAAAGCCAAAGAGGAAUGAAACUAAAGCAGAAGAAAGCAAGAUUAGAAGAGAAGAUAAAAAGGAAGAAAUCUGCCUCGUCUGUGAAAACUGCUUCCACUUUUGAUGGUAAAACUAAAAGUGACCUUUCAUCUCUACCAAGCUUUACGGGAUACGGCCGACAGCUUUCCUGGUCGUAUUCAAAGUAUUUGGAAGCACUCCAGCAGGAAAGAGUACUCCUGAAGAUUCAAGAGGAUCUGGAGAAAAAAUCAUUAGCAUCAUCAGCUUUUACAGGUGUAUCGUCCCUGUUCACUUUGAAGAGUAAUCAUUUAGAAAAAACAAGUGGCUCAGCAACCUUCACUUCUGCUUUCGUGAAACAGCGGGCCUUUCACUGAGACCCUGAAGGUCUUAACAACAUGAAGAAACCGUGGAUUUGCAGCCACUCGUAGGAGCAGUCUACAGCAGAAAUAAACAAAUGUAGGCAUUGGGCUUGCUCUGUUUUUCACAGUGCAUUGAGAGCCAUCUUCUAGCAGAGACAUCAGUGGAGAUGCCACCUAAUCCAGUUCAUCGGUGGUAGUUGGGAUCGUUUUGUUUAGCUGAAAAGUUUGCAAAUCCAAAUGGUUACCUUUCCUCUGGGAACGAGGGGCUAUUCAUCAACAGCAUGCAGAUAUGUAGCCCACCCCGCACACGCACGUACACACACACAUAGAGUGAAGGGGUGGUGGUAGUCCACAUGGCAGAUGGAGGUGUUCGCUGGUGUGAUUGUGCUGCUGGGUAUCUCCCAUUGGUUGGGAACAUUGUGGACAAAGGGUGCCUGGGCAACAGUCUGUGCUUGCUUUCCAAGACACAAAACACCUCCUCUUGCUUUCUGGCAUAUUGAAGGAGGAUUGUCAAAGCAUCAUGAAGACAGAUUAGAGGUAGAGGCCAUCAUGAGGCUAAAGUGGUAGAGGAUUCCGUCAUUCAUUCCUUGUUUUUAAAAGAUCUUGGGUACAAGGCUGGGAGAGAUUUUUGCUUGAGCCCUACGGCUGUCAUUCAAGCCAUACUAGGACACACGAACCAUCAAUCUGAUUCUGCUCGUGUGGACUUCAUCUGUGGUUCUCAUUCAUUGCAUCCAGUCUUCACAUCUUCCCUCUGUACUUGUGAGGUGGGGAUAUUGCAUUUUCCUUUUCUGCAAUAAUUGUUUUUUUAACACAGGAAAAUAUGAUGCUUCUUGGAAAGAACCUGUUUGUUGCUGUUAUGACUGCUGUGUGGAAUGUGGUUGUGUGAGUGUCAUAGGCUCAAGUGUCAUUGAAUAUUCCUUAGGGCAUCGAUGUUUUUAUCUGCCUCACUGCUUUUUAGGUCCAACUGAGAAGGGUUCAGAAGUGAUUUUAAACAGUGUGGUAAAGCAGUGGUUCUCAACCUGGGGCCAUAUUCCCCCCCAGCGGGCCCCAGGACAUUCCAAGGGGGCCACAGGUAAAAAUUGCAUAAAUGGGGGGUCACAGCACGAGACUAGGGGGCCACAGAGGGAAGUGAGAAGUGAAUAAAGCAGAGAAGUGACCAAGAAAAGAAAACAGAAAAGACAGUGUGUGGGGUGCUGUUUCUUCAUGCAAGUGUAACCCUGAGUCCACUAGGGGGAGCUAAAGAGCAGGGGUAUUCUGUGUAAGGAAGAAAAAGCGCAAUUUCCCCAGAGUUAUUGGGAGGCCUGAAGGACUCCAGAUUUUGUUAUAAACCUACAUAUUUGAUAUUCUAGGUAUGAGAAUUCCUAUACUUACGUUGAUUGGCUAUCAGUUUGUAUUUUGAUUGUUGUUGUGAAUGUUUAUAAUGGAUGUUAUAUGGCAUAUAAAAUAGCUACCUUUAUACUGGUAGGACAGGAGGGCCACAGGAAGGAAACAAGGUCGGAAGGGAGCCACGGUCGGAAAAAGGUUGAGAAACACUGUUGUAAAGCACAACCCUGUCACUUUGUGAGCCUUUGGGGUUUCUUACCUCUUCAUUUACCAGCAAAAGAUUUGUCAUUACGCUGUUAUGUGUAGAGGUCAGGCUUGUGAUGUGUAAGGACACAGGGGGUGGAGGGGAUGCCGUCCUGUGCCUGAUCCAUAUCGGUGUGGACUGAGCCACCCUCUGUCCUGUGCGGAGGGAGAAGUUUAUCCUCACACAGUAUUGUAGGGCUUUCCCUGUCCACCUCCAGAAGUGAAUGACAACUGUAUACUCUUAUAUGGGCAGAUGUGAAAAGGAUGCACUCUUAAUGCUGGGGAUUAAACUUGCUUUCUCUCCUGUUGACUGCAUCCAUUGAGAAUCGAGCCUGUUCAUCUCUGCAUAGCUUGAUUCUGGACUGUGGGAGUUUGUGAUGGCCUUAGGGAACUGAACACAUGAAUAUGCCUCCUACUGAAUCAGACCAUUGGUCCAUCCAGGUUGGCGUCGUCUACUCAGACUGGCCGCAGAUGUCCCUGGGUCUCAGCCAGAGGUCUUCCACCUCACCUGUUGUCUGCUCCUCUUAACUGGAGCGUGAACCUGGGACUUCCUGCAUAUCAAGCAGAUGUUCUGCCACUGAGCCACAGCCCCUUUCAAACGGAUUUGACAUAGAGAGAUGAUUUUAUUUAUUUCUGUAUGCUUUUCAGUCUGCAGCAUGUAUCUAUCCAAGGUUUUUAAAGGAAUAUUUUAAGGGAAGGGUACAAACAGCAACAAAACUAUUUCACCUCUUUCCCGAAUUCAAAAGGAAUAUUGCUGUUUUGUUCAUUGAGAAGAGAUUGUACAAAUACUAGAUACAGAAUAAAAUACGUGCCAUGUUUUCA